GCACUAUAAGCGACAUGUGCAAGACCUUCGUUCUUCCUCGGCUUCAAACGGAAGGAUCCCUAAUCGGCGUUCGUAGUUUAAUUUUACUGCGCACGAGCGCCAGACAUGUAGAUUAAGUGAGUGUUGUUUAAUGACUAUAUUUCAGUUUGGUCCGGUAAUUCAGUCUGGCAAUGAAAACGUCGUUCGUUCCGUCGUAUUAUACGAAUGCAACGCGGCUGCCUUGUCUUUGGUCAAUACAUCUUGGAAUUGUCGAGACUCGUCGAGACUCGUCGAUAACCGGUCUUGUAAGGAUUUGUCUCACCAGGUCGCCGCUUGCAGCAGUGGGCGUAGGAGCCAAAGAUUUCUUCUUUCCUACCGAUAUUGGGUUUCCACUCAGUGGUUCAUCAGGCAGUCAGUAUGUCGUCAUGGCAACUAGUUAUUACAACCCAACUGGAAGCGAGACAUUGACUGACAAUUCGGGCAUCAAACUCUACUAUACACCAGUGAAGCGGCCCACCGAUGCCUACUCUAUGGAGGUUGGUCAUACUAUUUCUCUCGACGACACGUCGAUCUUUCUACCGCCGAGGAUGUCGAACGUCGUGACGGAAACUGUGUGUCCUGCGGAGUGUACGCGAGUGGGGCUGCCGUCAGCGGGAGUAACGGCUUUUGCUUCGUUUCUGCAUGCUCAUAGUGCGGGUAAAUCAAUUCGUUUGAAGCAUAUCCGCAACGAAACAGAGCUGCCUGACCUACAAGCCUUUCCUAAUUUUGAUUAUCGGAGGCAGGACUAUGAACUAUUUCCAAAUAAAGUCAAGAUUCUACGGGGCGACAUUUUGCAACUACAAUGUGCGUACGACACCUCUGAUUUAUCUCUGGUGACUUUGGGCGGAUACGCACCGUCCGACGAGCGAUGCUUUUCGUUCAUCAUGGUCUAUCCAAAACCAAGGCUUUCUUCAUGCAAAAGCAGAAUACCCGACAAUUUGAGAGAUGAUUUCGUUCAACAAAGCAAGACAGCCGGUUGGAUUGUCGAUAGUGUCAAUCAGUCGAACGCUGACGACAUACGACACAUGGACUUCACCUCCUCCGCAGCACUACAAGCUUGGAGGUCGUUCUGGAGCACUCGUGUAAGAAGAAUCACAUGUGAAGCAGAUGAUCCAAUCACAACCGAGCUCAUACCAUUGAGUACUCUCACAAACUUGCCAAACAUCACCAGCCCAACUCCGUUUCCAGUGUGUCCAGCGGCAAAGCCAACGUCGACAUCUUCCGGAGCUCGUCUGGCUCUAUCCGUGACGCUUUGGGUCGUGGUUGCGACCAAACUUGUUCUGCUAUUUUGAAGACUUCAUGCAGGUGGACGCUGACGUGUUCGUCCAGCCGUCCGCUCUGUUCGUCCUAAGUAUGUCACGUUCAUUGCACCAUUAUUUGUUUGCCACUAAGUUUGAAAGACGCUGCAUGCACAACAGGUUUCCAGUUCUUAGAACAUUAAAAAUUUUGUAGUUGCGCAAAUAUUAUCAUCCGCAUUUGUGUUGCUUUUCAUUGCCUUGUUUAAUGAAUUGAAAAAAAACAAUAAAUUUUUA